AUGCCAGGCACUGGCGGAGCAGUUGGAGAUCACUUCUGCUGUUCUCAGCGUCGACCAUCACCACCAAGGGAGCACCACUUAGCCUCGGUGCUGACAUCCAAGGUGCAUCGGUACUGCGACGCCUUGCAGGCGAGGCGAGCCCACCUUGCUGCUGUGGAUUGCUUCUUCCGUGAGCUCAUCGCGUGCCAGUGGCGUCUAGAGGCGAUCGAGACUCAGCAACGAGCGCUGCAAGCCGAGGCACUGGAGGUGCCUGCAACAUCCACUGGGGCAAAAUGCUGCGAGGAAAGCUUGGAGACGGGAGAUCCAGCGAAAGGAAGUGAGGUUGCGAGACUCAGACGUCAGAUGGCUGUGGAGUCGUGCCUCACGGAGCUGAUGGCCCAACGAGAUGCUGCUGUUUCAGCUCUUGAAGAAAGGGCCACCCACUACGCGCUGGCGGCCACGGGUGAGGUAACCCGCCGCUUUGCUGCGGGCGAAGCCGAGAGGAGGAGCGCCUUGCAGAGCUACCGCCACCUGGCAAACGAGGUUUGCUCAGAAGCCUGUGCGGAGAUGCAGGGACUUCUGGAAGCACCGCUUGAGCAGGCCUGGCUGGCAAGCUUGGCUAAGUCACUGGAGCGGCGGCUGCGCUUCUGGACCUCGGAGCUGGAAGAAACUUGGGCGGCCUGGCACGAUGCCACUGCGCGUAUGCACAAUGCCGGGCAGGAUGCCAUGGGUGCCUGGAGGGAGAUCGCUGAAGUGCUCGAGUGCGCGUGUCAACACUUCGAGAGGGACGGGGAGCUGAUGAAGAAACCCGAGCUCCAAACCGCUCUUGUGACCUUUGCGGCAAGGAGCUUGGAGGUGGAACUUGUCAACUCGCUUGGUCUCAGUGGCCUGCAUGGGGAGGUUUACAUGUCGAAUGCAAACCGCGAUCAGUUCUGUGUGGAGAGCCGCCUGAACAUGCUUACCGCAGUCCUCGACCUGCUUUCGCAUCUGGGAGCUCUGCAUCGCGUUGGUGAGGAAAUCUUGUCGUCAAGCUCUGCUCCUGCGCCGCAGCAGGAAAGUGCAGCGGUGAUGCCGACACCUACCAGUCGCGCAGCUGCUCGUAUGGCCAGCAAAUUGGAGGCCCUCCAGUUGGCACGGCCGAGUCUAAAGGCGGAAGGCGCUUUGCCGACGUCCUUCGAAGAGUGUUCGGAAAGUCCGCCCUUCCUGGGCAGCGCUCUGAGCGCACUCAGUGGCAUCGGCCACUUGGAGUCCUUACCCUCAGCAGCUGCGGCCGUGCGCUGGGCCACGGCUGCGCAGGUGACUCCGUGUACGGCCUUGCGAGCAGUGGCGUCUGCGGAAGAUUUGCAAGCACUAGGUCAUGGGAGCCGAAGCGCCGCAGUGUUAUUGCCGUGGCUGAUCGAAAGCAUUGUCGAGGCUGUAUGCACUGCGACAAUGGCACCCGAGCCCGAGAGAUCUUUGUUUACAAUUUGGCCAGCGCCUCUCGGGCAGAAGAUGACUGCGGCAGCAUUAGUUCAAAGCUGCAGUGUGCUUGGCAACGAAGACUUCGCAGACGCAGUCAGAAGCGCGGCUGAGCGCCGGCUGCAUCGACUGCAGAAUCCUGCCGGAGAUGUGGAGGAGGCCGAAGAGACGCUGGGAGGUGCCAAGACCCGCUCUUUGCAGCAGGUGACCCGCGGGCUCUCCUCCAGCUGUGCACGCCUUCUGGACCUAGAUGCUUUGUCGGAGGAGGAGAGCGAGGACGGCCAGGACCUCCAGCACAGCCGAGAGCAAAGCCAGGCAUCGGCGGUUCGGUAA